UUCGACUUGCGAUCUCAUUGAGCCAUUGUAACCAAUCUAUCGACCAGUGAUCAAUGGGGAAAAGAAAAGCCAAGAGAAAGCCUCAAAAGAAACUCAAGGCCAAGUUGGAUACCCAGUUCAACUGCCUAUUCUGUAACCAUGAGAAAAGUGUCGAAUGCAGAUUGGAUCAACAGAACAAAGUGGGCCAUUUAGCUUGCAAAAUCUGCGACGUUAGCUGGCAGUGCGGCAUUACCUAUCUUGAUGAACCCGUGGAUGUGUAUUCUGCUUGGAUUGAUGCUUGUGAAGAAGUGAACAGAAGCAAACGACAAGCAGCGGCAAGGGCGCGUGAUAGGGAACGCACAGACAGAGACGAAGCGGACGAUGUCGGUGAUGGGUAUGACGAUCAAGAUCGCGGCUAUGCAUCCCAUGGGGCAGCUCCGCCAGACGAUGUCACGGAUGACCAUGCCGGCCUGUUUGGUGAUGAUGAUGAAGACGAAGAUGAAGACGGAGACUUUUGAGAGACGGGCCGUGGCACUGGAAAUGCAUAAGCAACCACUUUUUCUGUAUAUACACCCAUGUUUAUAUUGCCAAACAUAGUUUUUUUUCUAGAGUAAUAAAAAAAAAGAAAACCAAAAGGAAAGAAGAGGCCCUCGUUUCAAUCACGGGAUAAAACUACCAUAAAAUAAAAAGACCCAAU